AUGAGCAAGUUUCUUGAUCAGGCCUACUCACAUUCAAGAGUUCAAAAGUCACUAUAUUUGGCCUUUAUCAUACUUCUUCCCACCAUAGUUUCCGGUGAGUGUACAUGUGAUGCUGAAGAAGAAGGUCAUGGCAAGCGUAAAGCACUUGGAUACAAACUGAUCGCAAUAGCCACAAUCCUCGUAGCCAGUGCAAUCGGUGUCUGCCUUCCAGUAUUGAGCAAGACCAUACCGAGUUUAAGUGCCGAUAGGGAUUUAUUUUUCGUCAUCAAGGCUUUUGCGGCCGGUGUCAUUCUAGCAACUGGGUUUAUACACGUGCUUCCUGAUGCUUUUGAUCACUUGACAAACCCGUGUUUGAAUGAGAAUCCAUGGCAGAGCUUUCCGUUUACAGGGUUCGUGGCCAUGGUAUCGGCAAUGGGUACUCUUAUGGUUGAUACCUACGCUACUUCUUACUACAAGAAAUCACACUUGAACAAAGCUGGGCGCGAGGAAGAGAUGGUAGUUGAUGGGCAUGUUCAUGUCCACACACAUGCCACCCAUGAUCAUGCUCAUGGAUCGAUACUCUCUGUAGGGGAUUCGGAUUCGUCUGAACUGCUUCGUCAUCGUGUUAUAUCACAGCACCAUAUGAGAGUUGACGUCGGGGAGGAGCAAGCUUCAUUUUUGGAGUUGGGGAUUAUAGUCCACUCUGUAAUUAUUGGAAUUUCCUUGGGUGCUUCUGAAACUCCAAAAACCAUAAGGCCUCUUGUGGCUGCCUUGACAUUUCAUCAAUUUUUUGAGGGCAUGGGACUUGGUGGAUGCAUAGCUCAGGAAAAAUUCAAAUUUUGGGUUGUUGCAAUAAUGUUGGUGUUCUUCUCUCUGACAAACCCGAUUGGUAUCUUAAUUGGCAUUGGAAUAACAAACAUUUACAAGCAGAACAGCCCAACUGCUCUGAUCGUUGAAGGGGUUUUAAACGCAGCAUUAGUAGAGAUAUUGAUCUAUAUGGCACUUGUGGAUCUUCUCUCAGCAGAUUUUAUGAACCCAAGAAUGCAGAACAAUGGAAAGCUUCAGUUACAGGCUAAUGUUUCCCUCCUCUUUGGUGCUGGCUUCAUGUCUCUCUUGGCUAAAUGGGCUUAA